AUGUUUCAAUUUGGAAAGAAAAUUACAGGUGCACAUGAAGAUGGUAUUUGGUGUGUAAAAUGGCAAGGUGAUAUUAUUGCCACAGGUGGUAUGGGUACAAAAGUUAAAACAUGGCAUGGAAAUCAACCACAAUUCCUUACAGAAAGAAAAGUAUUUGAUAAACAUAUAUUAGGUGUAACUUCAUUAGAUAUAGAUAUUGGUGCAAGAUAUCUUGCAACAGGUGGUAUGGAUGGUACAGUUCGUUUAUUUGAUCUUAGUACAAAUACACUUCAUAAAACUAUUGAUUCCGGUCCAUUGGGAUGUUUAAAGAUUGGAUUUUUAAAUAGUGCAAAUAAUUUAGUUAGUGUUUCAGAAUCUGGAAAUAUUUCAAUAUACUCUGUAGAAACUGGUGAAAAAUUAAGAUCAAUUUCAAAUACAAAUAAACAAGUUUUAACAAUGGCAAUCAGUCCAAAUAAUGAACAAAUUGCAGUAGCAGGAUUAGAUGGUACAGUAUUAUGUUAUGAUGUUGAAAGUGGAAGAAGAGUUUCAGAGAUUAAAGCACAUGGUGUUCCAAUUCGUUCACUUUGUUUUUCAUCAGAUUCAAAAACAAUAUUUACAGGUGCAGAAGAUUCACAAAUUAGAUUACAUGAUCCAAAUAGUUCAAAUCCAUAUAUUGCAUCAUUAUUAGGUCAUUCUUCUUUUAUUUUUUCAUUGGUUGCUUCUUCUAAUGGUGAUUUAUUAGCAAGUUCUGGAUCGAUUGAUAGAAAAGUUUGCAUUUGGGAUAUUAAAACAAGAAAAUUAGAUAGUAGUUUUACAGCUCAUGCUGAUCAAACUUGGGAUUUAGCUUUUUCGCCAGAUAGUACAAAAUUAGUUAGUGUAUCUGAUGAUUGUUCAAUUCAUUCUUAUGCUUUAAAACAAUAA